ACUUCCCCCCGCCUCCACCCACCUCUGUCACCGGAGCCCGUACCUGCCCUCUCCGCUCCUCCUGCCGUACAUAAGCUCCACGCAUGCGAAGUGACGCUCCCUUUAUUUCAGCGUAAGCAGAACAAAGCACAGCCUGUUGACCACCAUGGCAGAAGAGGAUUUCUGCACCGGACAGUCCGGGGCUUCUCAAACCUACCCCGUGCAGUGUUCUUCCCUGAGGAAAAAUGGUCAUGUCAUGAUAAAAAGUCGUCCCUGCAAGAUCGUCGAGAUGAGUACCUCCAAGACUGGCAAGCAUGGGCAUGCCAAGAUUCACAUUGUUGGAAUUGACAUCUUUACUCAGAAGAAAAAUGAAGAUAUCUGCCCAUCUACCCAUAACUUAGAUGUCCCACAUGUUACAAGGACGGAGUAUGAGGUUAUUGAUAUCUCAGAAGGUUACUUGACCCUCAUGAAUGAUAAAGGAGAACCUAGAGAGGAUCUUAAAGUUCCAGAUGGUGAUCUGGGCAAAGAAAUCAUAGAGAAAAACGAGAAAGGUGAAUCAUUUCAGGUCGUUGUGUUAGAAGCUAUUGGUGAAGAGCAUGUCAUCUCCUGUAAGAACUUGACUAAUAAAUAAGUCAAGGACAAAGCUGGAAACCAUAGUCUUAUCCUCCAUUAUGGUUUUCAAGCCUCUCCAAAGCUAUUGGCCUUCACCCCCUCCACCAGUUUCUCUGCUGGUCAAGUAAAAUCCAGAUUCCUGGACUGGCUCGGCUUCUUCAGCUGCACCUCUGGCUCGGGACUGCCUGCCACUCUCUACAAUCAAUGAAGUUUUCCUCCCUUAGCCAUCACAGCUUAACUUUGUGGGUAUUGAUAUUAUUCCAGGAAUUCCUUGCAACAUCCCAGUAAUUAAUAACAUUCCUUUUUAUAGUAUUUGUUAUAUGCUUUUGUUCCACUGUGUGCAUUACUUAAAAUCAAAUCAUUCUUUCAUUUUUGAGUUUCCUAUAAACAAGUAUUUCAAGUCUCCUUUACAAUUGAGCUACUGCACCUUGUGUUGAAGUAAAAUUUCCCCUUGAGUGAUUUUUAUUUCUGCUGAUAUUAAAUCUUAAAUAAGCUUCAGAUUUUUUCUGUUCAACCCCAAAAUACAACUUUUUGUAUUGUCUUUUUGCCCUCUGACAAGUAACACAUGCAGUUACAUGCAAAUUACAAAUUACUUCCGCAGCUUAUUUCUGUAAGCGGCAUCAUUUAAUUUACUCUUGUGGGCAAGUUUUCCUCUGCAUCUAGCUGCGUCUCAGUAAGACAUCCUUUUCUAGCAGGGGACUGUCUCAGCUGACGGGUUUUGGGUGUGGCCAUUUUCUCCUCUGCACUUGAAACCUUUUCUUUUCACUUGAGGCCUUUUUAUGAGUUGACAAUUGUAUAGAAGCUGAUUUUGAAUGAACAAGUCACGGAGGACCUUUACUACUCUAGUCUGAAAACAACUGUCUCGAAGUUAAGUUUCAAUAAUAACAUUAUUACAGUGCUAAAGCUAUUGACACUUCUGACACAAAAUGGUGGAAUCAAGAAACUGUUGAGUCUUGAUAGCGCAAAAUCUAGGUGGUCGAUAUCUUGCAGUUUAUCCGUGUCUUGUGAUCGGAGAAAUUGAAAGAAUGGAUGUUAGCAUUGAGCUAUAUCCUGGGCUGCAGGUGUGGUAGUUAGAUAGUUGUCAAUAAAUUUGGGGGUGGUUGCUGUUAAUGGGAUUUUAAGAGUUUUGUGCUGUCUACUCUCUAAAAUGGUUUGCGGCUCACAUGGAAGAUGAUUCUCUAGCUUCACAUCCACACAGAAUAACAUUUCUUGAAACAUUGACAAUGGCAAGUAGUCAUUGUGUUCACAUGCAGUGCGAUGAAGUUGUUGAACCUGCGUCUACACGCUCGUCUGUUUUCUCCCCUGAAAUAUAAGUAAAUCCAAACAAAGGAAUAUUUUAGGUGUAUUGGCAACAUAUUUGAAGAACUGCAGAGUGUUAGUUUCGUUUAUUUCUCAUCACAGUAUUUGGACUGAAGAAGGCAGUUUUUCAUGAGAGAACCUGAUGUCCUCCUGAAAUGACUCAGUUUGACCUGCUGCAUUCAGUGCAGGUGUAGUUUGACAUUCAGUUACAAGGAUGAAUCAUUGAGUUGCAUUGUCGUUCGACUGUCUGCACUUCUGUCUCAGCAAAACCCUUUAAGUUUUUGUUCAGGUGAUGAACCUGUGACCGAUAGCAAUUUAGUUAAAUGUAUGCAUGAGGACAUCAUGAAAUCUGAUUUCUAGAGCAGAAAUUCCUUAAUGGAGGGGGGGGGGAAUUAGAGAAGUGUUAACAUGACAAUAAUGAUAUUCCUUAAAUGUCUAUAACCACACUGUAGUAUUGACAUUGGAAGGUAUUCUGUUUUAGCUUUCAAGUUCUCCUUUGUGCAACGGCAGCCGGUCUGUUUUUGUUCUGACCUCAGUCCACCUCAAGUACUUUUUUUUUUUUACUUCUGUCAAGACACCAAAGGUAUCCACUGGGUUUUGUUUUGUGUAUUAAGCUGUAUGUACAUUUCCUCCUCCCUCUGUUCUUGUUCAGCAUGUCUGUUGCCACGCGACCAUAGUCAAAUGUACUUCAGGUACAUUUCAUGCUUGAGAAGUCAUAUCUUAAAGCAGGAGAAGUUGUUUGACAAGCGAAUGACCACUCUGGAUUUGUAUCUGUUGGCUAAGUGGGUUUCGUUUUGUGGCAAAUAGGUAGAUGUGCAAAGAUGACUUGAAGUCCUCUACAGCUUCAGGCUACAGGCACAUCAUCGUUAUUAUGAUUCUCAGGGAGAAGAAUGUGUGGGCGGGGGAAAAAAAACAAUCUCGAUCAUAUGCAAAUUGCAGGAAAUGCUGAUUAUGUGGCAGUAAAAGCUGGAUAAAAGUUAAACAAAUUUUCGCAUUUAGCGAUGUAUUGAGUUUUACUCUACUUGCUCCUUUAAAUGCAUGUGAUUUUCAAGAUGAUACUUAUAUGUUAUCAGCUGUGAGGCAUAAUAUUUGCCCACCAUCUCUACAGCUGUAAUAAAAGACAAGUCUUCCGUAAGCCAUAUUUUAGCCCUGUUACAUUUGUUUAUAACCAAGGUCAGAUGCAGGAAAAUGGACUUGAUUCUCACCCACAGUUCUCUCUCUGGACUCUGAUAUGUAGCACUCAAUUCCCACCACACAUCUCAUUAAUGAUCCUUUUCCCUUAAAGGCGUCUCCCACACAGAGAUGGUUGAUAGGACUGACCUCUGAUUCCACUUAAGACAAUGUUUACACUAUAAAGGGAGACAACCCCGACCUUGUUGGCUUCACAUGCCAAUCUAGGAUCCAGGUCUGCAAGGGACACAACUGGGGGAAAAAUAGUCUGUGUCAUGAGGUCAGAUUUUCUCAGGGCUUCAAAUUGAGUAUUAGGAAAUCUGUUACGUUAAUGGUGUCAGUAGUGAGGAUAAUACAAUUGUUUUUAUCCUUUUUUUAAUUUUUUAAAUAUUAAAAGCCCAUAUUGUUCUGGUGUUGGAGUUUGUUAAAUUUCUUUUUCUCUCCUCUCUGGCACCUGUUGUCAGAGACACUAUUCCCUUCACAAUUUCACUCUUUCUUUUAACUAUUGCUUCAUUAUUAUUGUGAGGAACAGUGGCCUAUAUCUUUGUUUUCGACUUGUAUUCUCUUUGUGUUUGUUGUGUAUUCUGAGGAACAUGGGUUUAUGGUAUUUCCCCAGGUUGGUUGUAAUGGCUUCUGAGGGGGAAACUGACUUUAAGCCUCUUCUGGACCAUAAAGAUGCAUCUCUUCUCUAUUCUAACAAAUGUAUUGCUGCUGUCUUAAUAAUCACAACGGUUUUUAUUGUGUAGACAAAAUAAAGUUACUGGCUACAAGA